AUGUCUAAAUUAUAUCCUGUUAUUAAUAUUCAGUGUGACUGGCAUGAUGCUUUAAGAUUACCCAAAUCAGAAGCUUGGAUAUCAGCUAAAUACUUGAAUACAAAUAGUAUUCAUGAAAAAAUAACAACAGCGAUCAAUCAGUCAGAUGGAAAAGUCAAAAUAAAUGUACCAGAGAACUAUCAACUUAUCUCAAAGAAUAAUUUAAGUCUCGUUUUAAGACAUAAUGAGUCAGCUGAUAGUGCAUUGGUUGUGUCUUCAUGCGAACAAGAUAAAUUACUGGUGUGGGAUAGUAGAACAAAUGAACAGCUCUUAGAUCUAAAGGGUCAUGGUGGGCCGGUGUACAAGUGCAGAUUCUUUCCAUCUGGUAUUGUUGUUCUAUCGGCUGGCGCUGACGGCUCCUGUAGGAUCUGGUCCGCUGAAUCUGGAAUAAAUCCCGUCACGUUAAAAGGUCAUAAAAUGGCUAUUAUGGAUAUCAGUAUCGUUGAUAAGGGACGUAAUGUAAUCUCUGUUAGUAAGGAUGGAUUAGCUAAACUAUGGGAUGUUGGUGAAUCAAAUUGUUUAGACAACAUUAUUGAGGCUCCGGGACCAAUAAAUUGUUGUGCUGUUACAAGUACCGCUGAUGAAGUUAAUAUUGAGAAUGAAAGAGAGGUAGGAACGGGUAACAAGCUAUUAGUAGUUGGUUGUGAAAGUGGUUCAGUAAUAUGUGCUCAUGUUGGAAAAAGACAGGAAUUAUAUAGGAUACAAAUGGACUCAGCGUGUAAUGCCUGUGACAUUAUUGAUAAAACUGUUGUCUUAGGAGGUAGUGAUGGAAAGAUAAUAUUCUUAAGUGUACUUGAUGGUGCUAUUGUCAAAGAAAUUCAUGAAUCUGCAAGCCCAGUUUUAAGUAUAAAAACAUUGACUGAUGAAUUAUUUGUUGUUGGAAGACAAGAUGGCAAUUGUUCUGUUAUGUCCAUACUAGAAGCUCACAGUAAUCUCAGGGUUCAACUUACUGGUUCAGAUUGUGAUGGAAUAAGAGAUAUUGCUUUUAAUGGCAAGUGGGUGUUCGUUGGGUGUCGUGAUACAUACAUUAGGAAGUAUGAUUUCAACCAGAUUAAUGUGCACUUUAAGUAA